AAUGGUUAGACAGUCCACAUCACACCAUCAUCAGGGGCAAUUGCAUCACGCGAAAGUAUUUUUCUCAUGCAUCACAUCGGUUGAAUGUUGAAUCCAUCCAUGAUUCUUCCACAAUUCAGUUCCCUGUCCUACAAUCCAACACCGGGAAGAAAGAAAAAUACAGAGACAACUCGUAAGAUAUUAAGGUAGUUAGGGGGAAAGAGGAUGAGAUAGUUCAUCUUUUGGGCGUCGGCUCGUCCGUGGAGAGAAGAAGCUAGGCAUGGUGUCUGAUUGUGGUCAUUGAUGGAGCCUCCGGCCAAGGUUGAGCGGCUCACGCGGAGCCUGCAGGCAGCUCCCUGUCUGGCAGUGAACGGUGGUGUAUUCGUCUUCUUCGUCGCGAUUGUUGCCGGCGCUUUCGUCUCCUCCUACUGGAUAUCUGCCAGCGCCAGAGUUGCUCCAAUCAUCCCUAUCGCCGUUCCAGCGAUAGCACAAAAUGCAGCGACGAGUCCGUUGCGGGCGCCGGGCCUGACGACACCCUUCACCAGCAGCCAGGACGCCGCAAACCGAACACCAUCCGAGUUACCUGCCGGUUUGACGCAACAGCCAUCGCCCGCUCCGGCUUCAGAAGCCGCAACAGAAUCAUCAUCAGCGACAACAACGGGCAGCUGCCCGGCCUACUUCCGGUGGAUCCACGAGGACCUGCGGCCAUGGCGGGCCACGGGGAUCACGCGCGAGACGCUGGAAGGCGCCCACCGGUACAUGCCCAAGUUCAGGGUCACCGUGGUCGCGGGGCGCCUCUACGUGAGGCGCUACGGCCGGUGCUUCCAGACGCGGGACGUGUUCACCCAGUGGGGCAUCCUGCAGCUGCUCCGGCGCUAUAACACCACCGGCCGCCGCGCCGUCGUCCCCGACCUCGACCUCAUGUUCGACUGCCAGGACCUGCCGGUCGUCGACGCCGGCAACCACCGCGGCUGCCACCCGCCGCCGCUGUUCCGGUACUGCGGCAGCGAGCCCACGCUGGACAUCGCCUUCCCUGACUGGUCGUUCUGGGGUUGGCCGGAGCUUAACAUAAAGCCAUGGGGGACGCUGAGAAGGGAGAUCGACGAAGGGAAUGCCGCGGUGGACUGGACGCGCAGGGCGCCGUACGCGUACUGGAAGGGGAACCCGAUGGUGGGCACCGCACGCCUGGAGCUCCUCAAGUGCAACGUGUCCCGCAAGCGCGACUGGAAUGCGCGGAUCUAUGCCCAGGACUGGGGGAAGGAGGUGCGGGGCGGGUUCAGGGAAUCAGACUUGGCCAAGCAAUGCACGCACAGGUACAAGAUUUACAUCGAGGGACGGGGGUGGUCUGUGAGCGAGAAGUACAUCCUGGCGUGCGACUCCGUGGCGCUCGUGGUGCGGCCGAGGUUCCACGACUUCUUCUCGAGGGGCCUCAUGCCGCUGCAGCACUACUGGCCCAUACGCGACCGCGGCCAAUGCCGGUCCAUCAAGUUCGCCGUGGACUGGGGCAACUCGCACGUGGACAAGGCGCGGGAGAUAGGAGGAAACGCGAGCAAGUUCAUCCAGGAGGAGCUGACGAUGGACCGUGUCUACGACUACAUGUUUCAUCUGCUAAGCGAGUACGCCGAGCUGCUGCGGUACAAGCCCACGAUACCUGACGGGGCCGUCGAGGUCACCGUUGAGUCCAUGACCCAUGGAAGGCGGGGACUCGAGAGGGAGUUCAUGAUGCACGCCGGGCUGAACGCUUCGGACAGGGCAGGGCCCUGUGAGAUGCUCUCGCCGUUCAGUCCCGGUGAACUGGAGACGCUGAGGAGGAGGAAAGCGGAUGCGGUGGAACAGGUGGAGACGUGGGAGAGGAGCGCCCGGUGAGUGGCAACUGACGGACGAAGGAGGGAAGAAUCAAAUGGCUGACCGGAUGAAUCCUUUUGAGAUUGGAGUGCUUAUCGGAACACGGCGGAGAAGCGAGAGAGCCAGAGAGGGCAGGGUGCAGUACUUUUACAGUAGAUAGCGAUUCACCGUAGCAUAUAUAGGAUUGUACGUCUGUACCGAACGCACAUCCAGCAAAAUACUACCGCUGUUGGCGGCCUGUUGCAGUUGAUCCCAUGCUGCAGUUGGAGCGGAGGGCGCCACGGAAGAAGGGACGAAGCAGAGCAAGGUCGUAAGAACUGGGGGUGGAUUUGAGGCUCAGACGCAAUACAAGGCUGCUGCUUCUGUUUUGGGCCCAAUAACGCUGAUGCACAGCUGGUAAUUCACACCCACCUAUCCGUGUUUUGGGCCCAAUACAAGGAUAGAGGCUACUUCGAUUUGAUUGUCCUUUUA